AUGAAUCGACCAGGAGCGGUGCCGCAGUCCCUACGGGGGAUGCCAAGCGCCUUUGGAAACCAGCAGCAACCACAGCAAGGCCGGUCGGUGUCAACUCGGUUACCAAAUGGUAAAUUAGCAAACAAUGCUUCAGGCUGGGCAUUCAACGCAGCUGUGCCCAUGGGAGGCGCGGCAUUCCAAAACCAAGCUCGCCAGCUGGGCGGCAACGUCAGCUUUGCGCAGAGCUUGAGCGGGUCACAACCUGCAACGCCGCUCGACCUGUCGGAAUUCCCGUCUCUAUCGAACAACUCCCAGCUUCCCAGCACGACUCAAGGAUCUAUGUGGUCUACGGCGGGCUCUAGAACCAUCAGCGGGCCAAUCCAGCGGAAUCAACCUGCGCCGGGGCCUUCCCAACAGGGUGGACAGGAUGAUCUCUUUGGACCUCCGUCCUCGCGGAUGCAGUCAAAUCAGGGUCCUUUUCGAUUCGGAGCCCAGCCAACGCAAGUCCAGCCGAACAGCGUCGAUGACUUCCCUCCGUUAAAUCGGUCAUCCAAUGGCGAGAUAGGCUCAGAGCGGCCGAUGCCAAACAACGGGGGGAACGGCUUGCUGAACGCUCUCACAGCGACAAACCGAGCAAACGAAGUGCGAUCACCACCUGCUAUCGGCACACCAAACGGCCCUGGUAGACAGCAGCAGCAACAACCGCAACAGCAGCAGCAUGAUGGCAAGCAGAAAUCGACCGUGUUUCGAGAAGACGAUUCGGGCAAAGCAUCAGAAGUGGCCUCGCCAUCUGCUGAAGGACGAGGAUCUCUUGGUGUCAUUGGAAGCGAAGGUCCGAAUGGAAGACCAACCGAGCGCAAAGAUAGCCAGGCUGCGGAGGUUGUAGACCCUUUGGCAGGCAUGUCUGCGGUUGAUAAAUGGGGCAUCAAGGGGCUUAGGACGCUGAUGAACAACUAUCCCGACUACCAUGCUAUGAUCAUAGGAAUGGAUCCCAACACCAUCGGUCUCGAUUUAAGUUCCCCAGAGCUGAUCUCAACCCAAAUGUACUCAUUACUGGACGAUACUCCUCCGAAGCCUACGGUGAACACGAGCAAAUUCAGAUUGCCUGACUGCUACAGCGUGACGAAUGUGCAGCCGAUAGACACCAAGAUACAAAGUUUCAACGAAGAAACGUUGUUUUGGAUCUUUUAUAGCUGUCCUUUGGAUGCCAAGCAGCAGAUGGCCGCAGUAGAACUCCACUCUCGGAACUGGCGAUGGCAUAAAAAACUGCAAGUCUGGCUAACAAAGGACGAGCACAUGACUCCUCAGAUCUUGAGUCCGAAUCACGAGCGAGGAUACUAUAUCGUCUGGGAUACGGUCACCUGGCGUAAAGAUCGCCGAGAGUUCACUUUGCACUAUGGAGAUUUGGAUACGUCUCUGGGACAGCCACCGCCGGUUCUGUCAUAA